AUGGCUUUUGAAAGCAAAGAUGAAGCAGCUGAACGACACAAUGCACAGAGACAACAGGGAAAGCAGAAAAGUCCUGUUGGGAGAUUUGAAAAUAUGGAGUGGGACAAAGAUGGGAUGAAGGAAGAAGUAAACAGCUUUGGUGAUGGCACUUUGGUCAACUGGUCCGAGUUAGCAAGGAGGUACGGAGUAAAGAAUAAAACUGGACAGAUGGCUCAAAAUGGUGGACAAAUAGCAAUGGAGUGGUUGAAAUCAGAAGGAGUUGAUGUGGAGAGGUUCAAGAAAAGAAGAAGAGAGAGUGACAUUGGCAAUAUCAGGAAAAAGAUGAAAAAAAGUGUUGGUGGUGAAAUCACAGUUCCAUGCCCUGAAUCCAGUAGGAAAUUGCAAGCAAAAUUGAAAGAAAAGAUUUUGUCAGGUGAAGUGAAUGUCGGGGAGUUGAUAGUGCCAAGAAAGGUAAAUGGAAAUAAAUCUUUACAUACAACCAAAAUUGUAUACACUCAGUAA